UGUCCCCCCUCCCCUCUCUCUCUCAUCUCCUUCCUUCUCACUCCGCAUCUCCACCGCUCCCCUCCUUUCUUGAUUCCAUGAAUCCGCAGCUCCUCUCCUCCUCCUUCGUCACGGCCGUAGUGCCGGCGGACCUCGUCGCGUUGCAGUAGCGGGCGCUUGCUCAGUGGCCGGAGCGGACGGCAUUAUCCCGUCAACGAAGGGGUCAUUAUGGCUUUGACUCGGUAAAGGAGCUCUCUUUCUGUGUGUGUGUGUGUGUGUCUCUCUCUCGCUCGGUGGCGGGGCUCGCGGUGGGCGUGUUAGGGUUCUCGGUUCGUUCGUUCGUUCGUUCGGCGGAGAUUUUUUGUGUCUUGCGGAAAUGGCGAGGAAGCACGGAUGGCAGCUGCCCGCCCACACUCUGCAGGUUGUCGCAAUUACUGUGUUCUGCUUACUGGUUAUCGCCUUCUAUGCUUUUUUUGCACCUUUCCUUGGAGGACGUGUGUGGGAAUACAUCUUGAUUGGCAGUUACACACCUGUGGCACUUCUUGUUUUCAUUCUUUAUGUCCGGUGUACUGCAAUUAACCCUGCAGAUCCUGGCAUUAUGUCAAGAUUUGACCCACAGUCCAGAACUAAAACUAACCAGAAUAAUGGGUUGUCUGCAAUGGACCCUUCUGGAAAUCUUGAUGAAGUUGGUGCUGGUGUGCUUUCCUCUCCAUCAUCAGUUUCCAAAAGUUCCAUAGCGCCAACUUAUACUAGUAAGAAAGUCUUGGAUGGAGAUGUGGAGAGAGUAGAUACUUCUUCGAAUCCCACCCCCAUCGCGAGGAAAUCUGGUUGUAGAACUGGAGGAAUUUUGUGUGCUUUAUUUGUGCGUGAAGAUUGUCGAAAUGAGAAUGGUUUGACUGAGCAAGAGGGCACUGCUGAAGAUGCUUUGUUUUGCACACUGUGUAAUGCUGAGGUUCGCAAGUUCAGCAAACAUUGCAGAAGUUGUGAUAAAUGUGUGGAUGGUUUUGAUCACCAUUGUCGGUGGCUUAACAAUUGUGUGGGACGGAGAAAUUAUGUCACUUUCAUAUCUCUCAUGGCCUUUAGUUUGCUUUGGCUUGUCAUUGAGGCGGGAGUUGGAAUUGCUAUCUUUGUACGUUGCUUCGUUAAUAAGAAAAGUAUGGAGACUGAAAUUGUUGACAGGCUUGGAAAUGGUUUUUCUCGGAUCCCUUUUGCAUCAGUGGUGGCUGUUUGUACUGCAGUGUCUGUGUUGGCUUGUGUACCUUUAGGUGAACUUUUCUUCUUCCACAUGAUACUGAUUAGGAAGGGAAUUACAACUUACGAGUAUGUGGUGGCAAUGAGGGCCAUGAGUGAAGCACCUGCAGCAGCAUCCAUAGAUGAGGAAAUUCCUAAUGUGCUGUAUUCUCCAUCAGGAUCUGCUACAACUGGCUUCAGUGGUGGCAGUUCUCUUGGUUUGCAGUACAAAGGUUCAUGGUGCACCCCUCCAAGAGUUUUUGUGGACUAUCAGGACGAAGUUAUACCUCACUUGGAGCCUGGGAUGGUUCCAUCAACUGUGGACCCAGAUGCAGCUGGAAUUGUAGACAGAGGGCAGAAGGCUCUGAAAAAGCCAGUUCGCAUUAGCGCAUGGAAGCUCGCCAAAUUGGAUUCUCAUGAUGCCAUGAGAGCAGCAGCCAGAGCUAGGGCAUCGUCCUCGGUAUUGCGACCUGUUGAUGGUCGGCGUUUACAUGAUACUGAUUUAAGCUCUAGUGAAAACAUUAGUGUGAGAAGUAGUGUGAGCACCGACAUGGGGGCCAAUAAGGAAAUUAAAAACGAUCUGAGGAUGCCUCAGGUUAGGAACUCGUUUGCUCCUAGUCAGGGUAGCCAGGAAGAGAGUGAAUUGUAUACUCGAAGUGCAAGUAGCAUGAGCAGUCCGAGCCAUGUUCACGAGACUGUUACGCUUAGCCCUCUACCGCAAAGCUAUGGUUUGGGUGUUUCAGUUCCUGGAAUUGUUCCUGAUCGGCCUGUGACUUCCGGGGCAACUUAUUCUGGUCUGAACAAUCCAGUAACAAAUCCUGGACUAGGAUUUGAUAAUAAAACGGUGCAAAAGGGAAGUAGCACUGACCCAUUACUUCUAUCGGCUCCAGCCCACUCUAUUCUUAGAGAUGUCAAAAGGACAUCAGUUGUUUGGGACCAAGAAGCAGGUAGAUACAUCUCGGUCCCUGUAUCUGCUUCAGAAGCUCGAAAUAGAUUAUCCAAUCAGACCUUGACAAAGCCAAAUCCUAGAGUAGAAAAGAGCAGUUAUGGAAGACAGCUUCCGCAGCAGGAAUCUUCAUCUUCUGAGGCAGUAUCGUCAGUGCAGCAGGCAGAGAAACUUACAUACACGGGGGAUUCUAUCUUCUUUGGUGGUCCACUUUUGAGCGUCCCAGUAAGGGAUAAUUUGAGAGCCGAAGGUAGUCAAGGUUCUAGAGAGGCUUUCGAGAGAGUGGCACUGAAUUUACCACGUGAAUCUCGGUUUAAGCGGGAUGCGGCUUCAAAGCAGUUGCCAGUGUUCAUUCCGGGGGGACUUGAUCAGAAUCCUCCAUCUGGGUCUGGUUUAAAGUAGUGAUUAGGUGAUCAAGUAUAGGAUUCUGACUCUGAAUGCUUGGUACCUCCUCCAAACAUUAAGUUUUGGUGAGCUGAGAAAUCUGAAGUUGCUUGCGGACACACGAUGAUUGCAAUUUGUGCUGCUGACCAGUUCAUUCCGGUGCAUUUACUGACAGAUUUAUCUGUUAGCAUCAUGAUGUAUUUACUCUGUUCAGAUUUGUUAAUGAGGAAGUGCUCGGGGAUAUUUCUACCCUCGUCCAAACCGAAGUUAUUUGGCGGCCGCAUGUUGUAACGUCAUCAGCAUUGAGAUAUUCAGGGCCAAGUUUUAUGUUUGUCUCUGGUGAGCAGGUGCGACUGUCGUCUUUACUAUUUAAUCUUGUUUGUACAUGUAGAGAACAACCCAUCCAGGCAUGGGAGAACUUCUUCUGCUUUCAUCUGAUAGGUGUAGGUUGGCUAUUCCUCGUGAAUGUAACUGGUACUCCAUUAAUCGACUUUUGCUGCAGCUUUAGGACCAACAUUUGCUUGGUUCCUUCAAGUGUACCCAAUAUGCAUAUUCUCGAGCGAUGAUUUCAAAUUCUCA